AUAAGCUGCAGUAUAGAUAAACCGAAUAGAGUCAUGUUUGUCGUCGCGCUAUGAUAGUUGAUUGAUGAUUUAGUUGGCUGCCGGUGGUUGAUACAUGUUUGUUCAGUGAAAAAUUCAUCCAAAACGUCACAAAAGAUAGAGUGCUUCAAGAUGUGCCACCGAACAGUUAUUUUGAUGAUAACACUUGCGAUAUGUUUAAAACUUAAAGUUUGUGUUGGUGUCGACUUGCCGAAUGAUCUUGCCGAAUUCCUCUACAACAGAAUACCUGAGCUUCAGGGUCAGGCUCGACCACGUCAGUUUGCUGCGCUGAUCUUCCUGGACCAAACAGAAGUAGAAAAUUUGACACAGUUCCAGUUCAAUCCUCGACAUGACGACGGAACUCCAUAUGUAAACAACAAUGUAGCUUUCAGUCCUCCAUCGCCUCAGAACUAUAUGGUAGCCAGACCUUUCGAUGGAUAUCAUGCGGAGGAACAUUUGCUGUAUGAACUGCAGACCAUGUGGAACAAUUACAUUAAUCAAGGUAAUCGUCGACGACCAGCCAUGAUUAUUCUAUUUACUCGCUUGUACCCGUGCAGUAGAGGAACACGUAAUGCCCAUGAAUGUGCUGAGCAAAUCAGAGACAGUCUUGCCGUAGAGCCAUAUCGUAGCGUUCCGUCUAGAGUCCUUGUUUAUAACGAUGACGAUGAGUCACCUGCAGAUCAAUUUAUUCAGAAUUUUAACUUUUUAAGUGCAGACAUUAUACCGCAACCUCUGAAUAUGGGAUCCUGUUUCAAUAGUCGGACGUCACGAGCGAUAAAGAUGCCACGUGAUGCACAUGAUACGUGCACCGAACCGUCCGUGAUUCAAUCUCUGCAAGGGUGUGUCCUUCAGUGUCUCGGAGAUGGAAUUUACUCCUGCUUCGAGGUCUCCGCAGGUGGAACCCAAAAGGCUUAUUUGAUGAACAUUCUGUUAGAUAAAUGCCUUCUGAAUGAACAAAGGGAAAUUUGUUUCAAGGAGACGUUUUUAAAGGAAACCGGAGCUGCGUGUACGUUGCUUCAGAAGAAGAUUAUUGUUGACCAUCUGGCAACUUGCCACCAAAAAUGCAACCUGAAACCAAUAAGCAAACCAUGUCAAGAUGCCUGGGACUUCGACAACCACAUCGCUCUUCUAACCUCUGCCGAGGAACGCAAACAGUAUAAACAACCUACUACGUUUGGUUGUAAGGACAUCAGACGCACUGGUCUUCUCUGUACUUAUUUAGAUGACAAGUAUCUGACAGCUGGAAAUUCUCUCUGUAAAGCAGACCAUCCAUGCGGGACUUAUGGCUACUCCUACACUUGGUGUUACACCAGUAUUAGCGGAAAUUGGGAUUACUGUUGCACCGGUACCUGUGGAUAUCAAGGUUACAAAUACCUUUGGUGCAACUCUGGCAGUACAUGGCAAUAUUGUGGAAAAGGAGGGACCAUACCAACCGGCACCCGAACCUCGAAAACACCCCAUCCCUGUCUAGCAGACCACCCUUGUGGCCUACAUUAUGACGUUAGCACUAAAAACGAAUACUUUUGGUGUUAUGUAGAUACUACUCUUGAAUGGGAUUACUGUUGUAGCCCGCAGCCUGUAGACAACGUGUGUACCUACAACCAACAGACUGAUUACAAAUGGUGCAAGACCUCGUACUACAAAAACACUGGUGGUGAAUGGCGAUAUUGUUACUAUUAGGACUUUCACUUAAUACGUUUCUCUGGUGUAAUUUUUAAUUGAAACAAUAUGCAUAAUGAUUCAAUACCCUACGAAUCUCGAAUGAAUUACAUUAAACUCAGAUGAGUUUAGUAAAAUGUACACAAAACAAACAUUGUAUGUAUGUACCGGGUUAUAAUGUUAAAGACAGCAUAGUGCUUGUAGAAAAUAUAAUAUUAACGAAAUCACCUAAAGUUAACACGUUUGCGAAGUACAGGUUGUCCCAAAAGUCCCCAUACUUUUUUAAAGCCUUAUAUCUUCCGUAAAAUCAUUUGCCAUCUAAAAUUUUAAACAUAAAUGCGUUUUAGACUUGUAGAAUUAUAUUGGUACCAAACUUAACUUCAUUAGCAACCCCUUUAUUGAUAUCACGAGUUGAAAGGUUUGUCACAUAACACGAAGUAGGCCUACAAUGUCAAAUGUGGUUUUAUGUUCCUGUAUACCAGGGAAAAGUAACUGUUCACUGUGUACACCUGUGCGUGAAUUCACAGACUUAAACAACACUUGCCUAAAAUGUAUUUAUUACAUUUAUUCCAAUUGAUAGUAUAAUAAAUACUCAAAGUAUCGAAAUGCACGCCAUCGUGUCGGGAUUCAAUAUUUCGACAUUAAUUAUGUCAUCAUCAGGAAUGAAA